GGGCCAGAGGAACCAGAAGACUAGGAGGACUAGGCCCGUUGCUGGAUGGAGCCACUCGGGGGACCAUGGUCAAAGAUGGGGCAAACUGCCCUGCUAAGAGGGAUUGCAACAGCGAGGAUGAACAUAGAUGGGAAAGUGUAAAAAUAAAGAGGCAACGAAAGACUGCCAGCAAGGGCAGGAAGGGUUUGAUGAAGCAAGAACAGUGUAAACAUGAAUCAGUAAAUGAUAAAUUUAAAAAUGAAUGGGGGAGUGUAGGAAGCAUAUGAGGGAACUGAAUUUGAUAUGCUCUAUGUAAAUGCAGAAGUUGUUCCUGAUGUUAUAGUGGAAUUGUGUGAGUGGCUUGGAGUAAGGGGUUGGAAAAAGAACCUUAAAAAAUUAGACUGGAACAAGACUAAAUAUGAAGAAAUCAGCACAUAGACUUUGGGGACAACAUUUUUUAAACAAUUUCACUUUUUUUCUCUGAGUAAUGACUCUCCCCUGCAGUGAGACCACUGGAAGAAGUGAAUUUGCGAGCUUCUCUGACACUAUGGGCCGACGGAAACUUCCAGACCUCUACUGCGCUCCCUUCCCUCUCUAUACUGUGAAGGUGCACCCUGAAACAGGAUUAGUUGUCACAGCAGGUGGGGGUGGCGCUUCAAAGACUGGAAUUAAAAAUGGGGUGCACUUCCUGGGUCUGGAGUUAGUCGGUGGCCGGCACAGUGCUACACUUCUGCACUCCCAUGACACAGACACCCGCGCUACCAUGAACUUGGCACUAGGGGGCGAUGUGAUCGCAGCAGGGCAGGACGGCACUUGCAGUUUGAUGCGCUUUAAACAGUGCUCCAAGAAGGAUGGCCACAAGGCUACAGCUAGAGAAGAAGGGGGCGACGGCAAGCAGACGGCCCCCAGGCGGCGUGGGGGGCAUCGGCGGGCCGAGGCAGGCGGGGACGAGGCGGAGACAAGAGACGAGACCCCUCAGAUGUCGGUGGAGGCGGUGGGGGAGGUGUGCUCGGACCGCAGCCCCACUGACCCCCUGCAGAAGUGCGUGAGGUUCAGUGCUGACCUCAGCCUGCUGCUGACCGGUGGGGCGGAUGGACACGUCCGCGUGUGGGAGUACCCUGCAAUGAAGGAGAAGCUGGAUUUCAAGGCUCAUGAUGGGGAGAUUGAAGACUUAGAUAUCAGUCCUGAUAACAAGCAGAUCGUGACAGUAGGGCGGGACUUUGCGUGCUGUGUGUGGAGUAAUGACCAGCUGGUCGUGGGAUUGAGUUGGCAUGACAACAUGCCUCACAUCACCGAUAAGAUGUACCGCUACCAAGCCUGCAGGUUUGCAAAGGUGGAGGACCAGUCCGAUGCUCUGAGGCUCUACACGGUCCAGAUUCCUCACAAACGUGACCGCAGGCCGCCCCCCUGCUACCUCACCAAGUGGGACGGGCGGAACUUUCUCCCCUUGCUUACCAAACCCUGUGGCAGUGAGGUCAUUUCCUGCCUGGCUGUCAGUGACUCUGGGACAUUUCUGGGCUUGGGGACAGUGACGGGAUCAGUGUCCAUUUACAUUGCCUUCUCACUGCAGAGUCUUUACUACGUUCAGGAAGCCCAUGGGAUCGUGGUCACCGAUCUGGCCUUCCUGCCAGACUCCCCGAAGGGCAGGGGGAUUCUGGGAGACAACGAAGCCGCCUUGCUGAGCGUAGCGGUGGACAGCCGCUGCAAGAUGCACGUCCUGCCCCAUCGAGGGUCCUUCCCGGUGUGGCUGCUGCUCCUGCUCUGCGCCCUCGUGGUGGUGUGCGUGGUGCUCUUCCUGCAGCACACCUUCCCAGGAUUCAUUUAGGGACCCAGGACUCGGCCACAGUCCUCGACUAGUCUUAUUAACGAUGGUAACAAGGAGAGUAUUUAAUAAAUGUUUUUUUUUUUUUUUUUCCGCAAAAGCCAAUCAGUACUUUGAAUGCCAGUGUGUCAGUUUGGUGAGACCAUACCUCAGGGGCUGGUGUGUCGGUUUUGGUGAGACCAUGCUGUACCUCAGGGGCCGUUGAGUCAGUUUUGGUGAGAGACCAAACCUCUGUGCUUCUGCCUCGCCAAGGGCUGACAUGCAGAACGGAGACCAUGGACCCAAACAGACUUUUCUUUUCCUAUAUCAUUACCGCACAAGUUUUCUUUUUUUUUUUGUUGAUGUUUUGGAAAGGGACAUUAUUUAAAACCUAGACUGUCAACCACAGUGGUCACAGUGAUAUGAUUUACAGGGGGUGGGGCCUGACUCAUUGGCAGUUUUUAAAUAUCUAGAUUAUUAAUAAAUAUCAUGAACUUUACAUUGCAUGUUUGGCCAGUCUAUCUGUGGCACUCAGGAACACAGUAAUUCUGUACGACUGAGGCCAGUCAGGAACAUGUCUGUGAUUUGUGACUGUGCCAGUAAUUUCAGGAGCAGGAGGACCCAAUACAUUUACAAUGCAAACCGCUCAGCACUACCUGCAGAGAGAGCUCUCUGACCUGUUAGAAUGUGUAAUACUUCACAUCACCUGCAGGGGGAACUCUGGGACCACUCAGCACGUCGUCCUCCUGUAAUGGCAGGCCCUUCAAUUCUGCCUUCAAGCACAGGCCCUGGAUACCAAUAAACUUUUUACCUAUUGGAGUGGGUGGAGUACUCCAUCCAGGUUACUACUAAAAACCUGUUAAGGGCAUUGCUUACUCUACUUGGUCUGUUUGCAGAGCUGAUAUCAUACACAUGAGCUGGCCUAAAGAGGCAUGUUCAAGGUGGGUGCUUGUAGGAGCUGAACAGUAUAGCCUUGCCACCUAUGUGUACUUCAAAAAAGGAGAGAAAAUCCUCUGAAAUUUAACAGAGGCAGUGGGCUCUUCAGUGAACUAAUAUGUUAAUUCCAGGUAUUAACCAUGCUGAUACUGAUACCUUAACAGGAUGCUGGUAUUGAGCAAAGCAGCAUUGUUCUUUGUGAAGUGAAUAGGUUAGACCAGGAUGGGUUAAUAAGGAAAAAAAAGGACCUGAAAAAGACACCUGUUGGCUGUUGGGUCUGGACACAGGAGCAUCCUAGCUUGUAAUGUGACGAGAGUGAUUAUGUGUGAAUGUUUCCAUGUACAAUCAGCUGCCAGAAGACAGGCGUGAGUAGUCAAGAAUAAGUCAUAAAAUAUGUAGUCUUUUCAUGAUGUCUGGGUGCCUUUGAGAGGAUUAAAAGAGAUGUACAUUGACAGCAGAAGUGCUGAAAGUUCACCUCACCCAUAUACUCCCUCAAUUCCCAGCAACACUUUCGCACACGGCCUCAACUCAGAAGCAAGGCGUGUCCGGAACGGAGUUAAAAUCUGCUGUACAAAGGAAAGUGGCUCGGGAGUGGCAGAGAACAGUGUGUCUGACACCUUGACAGUGUCUGUACUAUUGGAGUAUGAAUGUGUCUGUUUCCACAGUUUAUCUUCUCUUUCAAAGCAGAUGGCAGGGCUUAGGUCUUUGCACAGAAAAGCCUCAUGUGCCACAUCUGGCCAGAAGGUGGCACUGCAGUCGAGGCCAAUUAACUGGAAGGCUAGCAUACUGUUCGUCUGUAAAACUGAUCGCACUAAUAACUCGAGGGAGAUGCUGUAGAUUACUAUCACACCUGAUUUGUCCUCUUCUGAACGUCUUAUGCAUUUCCCACGUAGAAUUUUCAUUGUAGAGCUUUCAGACAAUUUUGUUUGACGGACUUCCCACAAAGUUGAGCUAAUACGGGGUUUGUUGUAACGUACUGUACCAGCACGAGCUUGCAGCCAAUCAAGAAGCACAGAUCAUCUCCAGGUGUGGAACACGUAACAGAAGUUGCAGUAAGGAUGAAGAAUCAUUGAAACUGGAAAAAGCAUAACCAUAAAUAAUUUAUGAUGACAUACAGUGCCCUCCAAAAGGAUGGGAAUGAAAGUGUGGAAUUUGUUAUUUUUGCUAUAUACUGUAAGUAUAAUAAAUAUUGAGUUUUUGUAUUUGAAAAAUAAGUAAGGCCGUAUACAUACAAUAAACCUGGACAAGCAGGUAAAUA